GGGAAUUUUCCCUAUUAUUAAUCCUUGUUUUAGCUUCUAUGGAAUGGAGGUGCUAAACUUACCUCUUUGGCUUAGCGCUCGCAAUCGUCACACCACCACCGCUGCAGCCACGAGCCACCUAUGCGUAGCGUCACCAAGUCGGUUAACGAACUAAUCAAUCGUCUCUCAACGGCAGGAGCUUACCAAGAUGUCCUCCUCACCUUCUUCUCUAUGCUCAAAGACAACGUUACUCCCGACGCUUACACAUUCCCCUGUUUGCUCAAAGCUUGCACUUCUCUGGGCUUAUCUUCCCAUGGCCUUUCAAUCCAUCAUCGCAUCAUCGUUUAUGGGUACUCGUCUGAUGCCUACAUUGCCUCCUCUCUCGUCCACAUGUAUUCUAAAUUUGGAGACAUUCACCUCGCGCGUAAGGUUUUCGACACGAUGCAUGAAAGAAAUGUUGUUCCUUGGACAGCCAUUAUCGGCUGUUAUUCACGUAUGGGUCACGUUGAUUUGGCUUUCUCUAUGUAUAAUCAGAUGCGAGAAGAAUAUAUUCAACCCAAUUCGGUUACCAUGUUGGGCUUGCUCUCUGGUGUUUCACAGCUCGCCCAUUUGCAAUGUCUGCAUGCUUCCGUAAUUCGAUGUGGUAUUGUGUCUGAUAUUGUAGUUUUGAAUUCUUUGUUGAAUGUGUAUGCUAGAUGUGGAACGGUAGAUAAUGCUCGGCAUCUGUUCGAAUUGAUGGAUCACAAGGACAUUGUUUCAUGGAAUUCUCUCAUUGCCGGUUACUCCCAGAAUGAUAACUUGAACGAAUCUUUGGAGCUUUUGAAUAGAAUGAAGAUUGAGGGAAUAUCACCCGACGAGCAGACUUUUGGGUCUGUGGUGUCUGUUGUUGCAAAUGACAGUGCACUUAAAUUGGGCAAGUUGGUCCAUGGACAGAUUGUCAAGACUGGGUUUGAAUCGGAUGCACACAUAGAGACAACCCUUGUUGUCAUGUAUUUAAAAUGCGGAAAAUCUGAAGAUUCGUUUCAGAUAUUUAAUCAGAUUGCGAGUAAGGAUGUCAUUUCGUGGACAGCGAUGAUUUCAGGUCUUGUGCAGAAUGAUCGAUCGGAUGAGGCACUUCAUGUCUUCCAAUGGAUGUUACAGUCAAUGGUAAUGCCUUGUACUGCAACCAUAGCUAGUGUCCUUGCAGCUUGCGCACAACUUGGUUCAUUUGCUCAUGGAAUCUCCAUUCAUGGCUACAUCAUAAGACAGAGAAUGCAACUAGACAUAGCCGUCCAGAAUUCACUUCUCACCAUGUAUGCCAAGUGUGGUAGGGUGAAGCAAAGCCAGGUUGUGUUUGACGGAAUGUGCAAUAGAGAUGUGGUUUCGUGGAAUGCCAUAGUCUCUGGUUAUGCUCAGAAUGGUCAUUUAGACAAGGCCAUGCUCCUCUUUAAUGAAAUGAGAAUGGCCCACCAAAGACCCGAUUCCAUUACAGUUGUAUCCCUUCUACAAGCCUGUGCUUCCCUCGGGGCACUUCAUCAAGGGAAGUGGAUCCACACUUUUGUGAUAAGAAAUAAUAUUGGGCCUUCCAUCUCAGUUGACACUGCUCUGAUCGACAUGUACUCAAAAUGUGGGGACAUAAGGAUUGCAGAGAUGUGCUUUAACAGGAUAGUAAAGCAUGAUGUGGUGUCAUGGAGCACAAUAAUCGCAGGAUUUGGUGCUCAUGGCAAGGGGGAGAUUGCUUUGAACAUGUACGCAAAAUUUCUCAGCACGGGAAUUGAGCCAAAUCCCGUCACAUUCCUCUCUGUGCUCUCCGCAUGUAGUCAUGCAGGACUUGUUGCCCAGGGGUUGCACAUUUUCCAGUCUAUGAUAAAAGAUUUUGGGGUUGAGCCAAAACUUGAGCAUUGUGCCUGCAUUGUUGAUCUCCUUGGCCGAGCUGGGCAACUAGAAGAGGCAUACAACUUCAUCAAAAAGAUGUUCGUGCUGCCUCCUAUUGAUGUUCUUGGUAUACUCCUUGAUGCUUGUCGCUUGCAUAGAAAUACAGAUCUUGGAGAUAUUGUCGCCAGAGAAAUCCUCAUGUUGAAGCCUAAUAAUGCUAGCAAUUAUGUCCAAUUAGCACAUAGUUAUGCUUCAAUUAAACGAUGGGAUGGAGUGGGAGAAAUAUGGAUGAAGAUGAGAUCGUUGGGCUUGAAAAAGGUGCCUGGUUGGAGCUCAAUUGAACUACAUGGUACCAUCACAACGUUCUUUGUACAUCACAGUUCACAUUCCAAGCAUGAAGAUAUGAUGUUGACGUUGAAUAUGUUGACUACAGAAAUAAGAGACAUGAGAAAACCUUUAACCUAACUGCUAGUUAUUAUCAGAAAAUAGCCUUGGAAACUGAAAAGCAACAUAUAACCCAAAUAUCUUUGAAAAGAUAACCAUUUUGAUCCUUGAGAUGGAAUGGAACCGGAAGGAAUACAUGCUGGACUUCGACCAUGAGAACAAGGCCUAGAAUCAA